GAGCCAUUCACAAGCAGAGGUUCCAGGUUCAGGAAGCGUUGCUAUGGCAACAGAACAUGGACGCGGAAUUAAUUUUCUUUAUUCUGCCAUCGCUCUCCUAUUCCACCGACUCUCUUGAUACAGUAUGACAUCGACAAGCGAGUUAUUAACGUGGAAGUACACAAAGAGAUAAUGGAUGUCGACGAUAUUAUAAAUGAAUGUGCUUGCCAACAUUUGGAAAAGUUAAAUAUUAGCCAUAGAGGCCUGGUUAUACUGCCACCUACACUAUCAAAACUAGUCAAAUUAAAAAAGCUGUUUUUGAAUGACAAUUGUCUCCUCUUUCCCCCAAUCGAGAUUCUGCAUCUUGACCAGCUGGAGGAGCUGGUUCUGGAUGGCAACCAGCUAACCAUGCUUCCCAGUGACAUCGGAUCCCUCAGGAACCUCACCAUCCUGGGGCUCAAUCACAACCCCAUCUCCGUCCUACCGGAUGCCAUAGGUGACCUGGCAAACCUGAAGGUGCUGUGGGCAGCUUCCUGUGGCCUCUUCCAGCUUCCUGCCUCCCUCGGGCAACUCAGCAGGUUACAGAAGCUGGGCUUGAACAACAACAGGAUCAGCUGCCUACCCCCUGAGAUGGGCCAGCUCCAGGCCCUGCUCUGGUUGAACCUGGCUGGGAACCAGCUGACCUAUCUCCCUGAUGAGACACACAACCUUCACUCUCUGGUCUUCAUCAAUCUAGAUAGAAACCACUUUAAUCAUGUCCCUAAAUCCCUGUCUGAUAUGUCCAAUCUUCAAAUUAUGAGUAUGAAGUUCAAUGCUGUUACAUCUCUGGAGGAUGACAUCAUCAUUGGGUUCAGUAAACUGACUAAGCUGGACCUGAGAGAAUCCCUCCUUGAGGACAGACCUCCUCACUGGAAGGGCUUGGACUUCAUUUUGCUGGGGAAACUCAACGUCACAGAGGAGACAGACAUAUCCGAGUCUAGAUGAGUCUGAGUCUAGAAUGAUCAGACUAUAGAUGCCUAAAUGCAUUGUGCUGUGUUGAUACCACAUCAUGCUCAUUAAAGAAUGAUGUCACGCUUGUGGUAGUAUAUCAUGCAAUAAAUAUAGAUGUCAAUCACGU